AUGGCGAAGCGCGCGGGCGGCGUCAGCCUGUGGCGCCGCGUGACAAACUACGUCAAGCACGACCUGCGCGAGAUCGUCUGGCCGAGGCCGAUGGACGACCCGCCCGGGACGACGAGCGUGUUCGAGGGGCUGACCGCGAGGGAUCACGCGCGCGUUUGGUCGAACGCGUGGCGCGAGUACAAGCGCGGGUGGCGGUGGUACUUCGGCGAGCCGGAGAGCGACCGCGAGGAGAGAAUCGCGAGGGAGAAAGCGGAGGGGACGCACGUCGAGGACGAGUACGAGGCGCUGGACCGGGAGGAGUUCGAGGCGCUCAAGGAGGAGGCGGGGAGGAUGGCAGCGGCGGGGAAAGCGAUGGGCCAUGACGGGUGGAAGCAUCAGCUGCAGAUGUUCUACAGGACGCGGGGGAAGGUGUACACGCGAUCGAUAGCGGAGUUCGUGAAGGGGUACAGAGAGGGCAUGGCGGAGUCGACGCUGAGGUCCCGGAUGGCGCAGCAGGGAGAGGAGGAGGAACCGCCGCCGCCGCCGCCGCCUCGGAAGUGA